AUGAGUGUCUAUUUGAGCGUUUUGUUUGCUUUGCUCACUUUUGAAAUGGCAUGUCUGUUCAUGCUCGUGCUGCCGCUCCAUUACAAGAUCCGCAAGAUGAUGGUAACUAGCUAUUACCGUAUAAUGAGCUACACGCAAGUCAAGACAGUCAUAGCGAUCGUGGCGGGGCUCGUGGCACUGCUUUUCGUGGACUCGUGGAAACGAUCCCAGAUGUCGGUAUUUUUGCACCACCACCAGUUCACGUCUGGUGCGGACCCCAACGCAGUGGGGAACGUUACCCCGGUGCAAGCAUUGGCCUCCAGGGCCUAUAACCAGAGAAAUAUCUACAUUUCAGGCUUCAUACUCUAUUUCGCCUUCUGCAUUCCCACGGUGAUCAGCGUGGUGAGAAGAUUGGUCAAAUACGAGACUCUGAUCCGCGAAAAGUCCGGCCCUAAAGUCGAAUCUGGUGCCGACUCCAAGAAGCUGGCUGCUGACGACGAGAUCGCCAAACUCAGAAAGGAACUAAAAGAGAAAACGUCGUCUAUCAAGGCCUUGCGCAAGCAAAAGGCCAAUCUCGAGGCUCAUUUCGACAAAACCGUUAUUUCUAAAUCGGACAAGAAGGCAUCAUCCCACGAAAAAAAGAGCAACUGA